CUCUUUCGCUCGUGUGUGUGUAUAUUCUGGUGUAUGAGUUGCUGUAUAUCUGUGUAUAUAUGUGUGUAUAUGAGCAUCGGUUUUACGGCUUGAGGUCUGAUUGAUCGGAGGCGUGUGAGUGCUAUUCGAUAAGCAUUUUUGUGGUUUAGCCGGUAGUUUGUUCGGUACAUUAAGAGGGUUGAAUCGGAUUAAGAAUCCAGUCAGUUCAUGCACACCAAGUGUUUGGGAAAUUGCCCGAGUGAGAUAGGCAUAUUAUACUCGGACAAAACUGAUUUCUUUUCUGCGAUCUUUUUCAAAAAAGAAAAAGAAAAUCAUAACCUUUGGAAAUUUUAUACUGAACUCUGACCUUUUUUACUAAAAACAAAACCAGACAUUUUGCAGUCUUCUAUGUUAUUUCUAAUUUUUAUCAUCGCACAGUCUUUGAUUACAACGUUAAUAUUUAAAUCUUAAGAAAUAGAAUUUAAAUAUACAAAUUUUAGGUUUUGAUUUCCUUUUAGUGAUAAAUAUUAGAAUAUAAAGGGAUCUCCCCCAACUCUCGUGUGGUUUGAGAGUCCACUUCCUUAACAAGAGGUCGUGGGUUCAACACCCAGAGUAUGGAGAUUUCCCUCCGGCCACCUUCGGGUGCUUCACAUCCCACACGUGUGGUGCCGGUUGUGCGUGUGGGUCGGGAUUAGUCGGGCCCUUUGGGCCUGGGAUUACCCGGUUAUCAAAAAAAAAAUAAAAAAAUAUUAGAAUAUAAUAGGAUAUUUCGAAUUUAGGAUCGGUGUUUAUUUCAAUUAAAAAUAUCAACCUUUAAAAUGCGAUUGUCCCUUCAAUCAAAUGCCAACAAGUUAUCCCAAAAAAAAAAAGAGAAAAGGGGAUAUAGCUCGUGUGUGUGUGAACUGUGGUUUUGCCGCCGUCGUUCUGCAGUGCUGGUUUUAGAAUAUAGGACGAAUUGAGGGCAAAUAAGGAGGCUAUGCUGAGUAGAUUCUCGAGGCUUUGCUUCUGCACCUCGGCUGAUCGGCCAUGGCUGUUCGUGGGAUUAGGCAAUCCUGGGGACAAGUACAAAGGAACUAGACACAAUGUUGGGUUUGAGAUGAUCGAUGUUUUUGCUGAAUCAGUUGGGAUUCAGAUGAAUACGGCCAACUUCAAGGCCGUAAUGGGACAAGGUUUCGUGGGUGAUGCACCUGUUGUUCUAGCAAAGCCCCAAACCUACAUGAACUUGAGUGGUGAAUCGAGUGGACCUCUUGCGGCUUAUUACAAGCUACCUCUUACUCGUGUGCUUGUGGUUCAUGACGACAUGCAAUUACCAUGCGGGGUACUUCGUCUUCAACAUAAAGGAGGUCACGGAAGCCAUAACGGGUUAAAGAGUGUUAUCUACCAUUUCCGAGGUAACAGGGAGUUUGCAAGGCUAAGAGUCGGAAUCGGAAGGCCUCCGGGACAGAUGGACCCAAAAGCAUUCUUGCUGCAGAAGUUCAACGCACCAGCUAGAGAACGAAUCGAUACAGCAUUAGCAGAAGGAGUCGAUGCACUGAAGCUGGUUUUGUCGAAAGGGUUGUCGGAAAGCACGAGACUCUUCAACAUGGAACAGAAGUACAAGCACUUGAGAUUUCAGACAAUGCCGGUUUGAUCAAACGUUUUUGCUUCGCCUGAUGCAGCUCUUGCCCAAAUCUCCAUGGAAUGGAUACAAAAAAAAAAGUUUAUGGAUAAUACGUAUCUUGGAGAUAACCGGUUUAAACUACUGUAAUUAUCGACGCUUACAGAUCGAAACAGGGCAUGGGGGGUCCGGUUAACAUUCAAUGAGGGAACAACAAAUGGGGAUGCAAGUGAUGAAGGUGUAGCUUUUUGGAGUAGGAUGUGUUCUUGACAGCAUUAUACUGUUUUUCUUCCACCCUUGUGAUGUACAUUAAUUAAUACCCAGAAGGGUAAUUACUCUGUUUCUGAAUAAAAUUUUUGAAUUUUUGGUCGGACUAA